GAUAGGCCUCUUGGAAAUAAAAAAGACAUAAUUAUAUUCUGUAACACCAAAUUUUCUAGAGGAGGGAAACCAAAGGCCUAGUUUCCUAUGCUUUCAAGAUACGCGUAGCUAUGAUAGAGCCUGAUAUACCAUUAGCUUGCUUUCUCAGAACUUUUCUGACUUCACACCCUUACUUAUGCUUCUUACCAAAGAAUUCUCAUAAUAUAUUUGUUUGGCCUUUUACAUAUUAUGGUAUUCACUGUUCAACUUUGUGGUACACCCUGCAUCAAAGAGGUACAGUUGUUUGCAAACAUUUAGGUGCCCUAAUCAAACAUUUCAGUUAAAUCCCUAAGUAAACCAAAGCUAAUAAAAUGUAUUACAUAAUGCACACUUUACAUAAUAUAUAAGUUUAAAGUACCUUAUAAAUGUUAUAAAUGAAUUUGCUUUCUUUUUAUGUACAGAUAUUUAGACUUGGAAUCAGAAAAUGUAAUAUUGUAUAGCAAGUACAAAAGUCUGGACAUCUUUUCAGUGAGUUGUUUGUAUCUAUGUCAGGAAUAGCAGCUUCCAAAUCUUUCUUGUAAUUUUAUUUCAUGAGGCUUUCUGUUUUCAGUUUAAGUUUUUCUCUCUAUGCUUUGUAUGUUGAGUUGAAUUUUCAGUAUUACUAUUUAUUAAAUUUUCUAUGCCUCCUCACUCCCAGUGACUCUAGGACUGUGAUGGCAAACCAAACUUUAAAAUAAUGUUUAAGCAAAGAGAAAUUACCGUAAAUGCUCAGGAAUAUAAGCAUUAUUAUUAUUACUUUGAAGAAUUAUCAUUUCUUAUGUAACAUGUAAAUCAAUUACAUUACGUAUUCUAGAAUGAAACUAUAUUACAAUAAUUUUACUACGUGUAAGAAUAAAAAUGUUUUUCAAGAAUUUAACUCCAAAAAGCAAUCUAAUAAGUUUUAUAGCUUUAUUGCUUCUUUCAGCUAUGUCCAGAAAUAUUUGCUUGGCUUAGAUGAGCCAGGACUUGACACAAAAUAGUUCAAUAUAUGCAUUUAAUGCUUUGUUGGCUGGAUCCCAAAAAGAGGGAUGGAUGGAUCACGUAGGUUGUAAUAAGAUUGCCCAGCAGGAAAGGAUGAACUUAUAACAUCCAGAAUAAGAAGCCCUACCUCGGUAGUAUUUAUGUCCAGGUACUUGGAUGAUAACCUAUUUUGACUUUAUUUUCACAGAUGCAUGAAUGUGGUAAUGAUAUAAUGUUUGGGAUUAUGGGGAAAAUGCUGUGGUCUUUAUUUUAACCCUAACCCUUCCUCUUUCCCUUUUUGAUAUCUCCUACCAUUGGUUUUUAAAUUUAACUGUAGCAGACAAAUGACAUCAGAAAGAACUCUGAUUGGAUGUAAUGAUUAAUGGGAAGUUUCAGAAGGCAAAAGGUAUAUCCAGUCAUCUGAAGUUAGCAUUAAGCUGCAGUAAUAAUAUAUCCAAGACUGCAGAAUUCCAGAGCUCACAGAAGUGUGAUUGGAACAGUUUGAUACCUUUUCUUAACUAUGUGACAGAAGAAUAUCUACAAGGUUAUUAAUUUUCUCAAAAGCAAGAAGAGCAGUGUAAGACUUUUGUGUUAUUUUAAUUCUUUAAUCCAGUGGGUGGGCUAUUAAGAAGCACCUGAAAAGGUCUAUCCAUAUAUGUUGACAUAAAGAAACUUGUUCUUUAGAACAGCAUAAUUAAGUUGCUCAGCAUUCUAUAGUUGAUUUAUGGUGGUAUAAGUGAAUUUUAAUAUGUGUGUAUUUUCAAAUAUAUCUACUACAGAUUUGUCUAAUAAAACUGUGGGCUGAUUUCAUUGCAACAUGAUAUUUUACUAUGCAAGAUUGUUUUUCAAUUAAUCUAAUGAAAUAAUUGAAUUAGAAUUUUUGCCAUUUAAAACUAGGAGGUUACUGUUUUUCAUAGACAUAAAAAGAAUGAAAAACAUGUAGAAAAUAUAAGCAAACAGUACAAAGGCAAAUAUAAAAAGGCAAACUAUAAUAUGGCAUUUGGAAUGGGCUUUAAAUGGUACUAUCAAUUGGCUAAAAAUGGAAAGAGAUUAAUUAUUUCAAUUUUACCUAAUAGCUAAAACUGUGUAUGUGUUCUUAUUCAUGAUGUUUCUGGGGGGAAAAAUCUUAAGGCAUAAUCUGAUGCUGCUCAUGAUUGCAUAGAGCUAAUUCCAGGACCUUUUUCUUGUGUUUCAUGCGAUUCCUUGGAGGCACCAUCACAAAAGAAGUACUCAUUCUUUCCUUCACAAAAAUUAAGAAUGAAUGACUCUUUGGGGAAGGCAACUGUUAACUAUGGAUUUUUUAUUACCUCAUCAGUGUUUGAAAAAGUUAACUGGCUGCAAAUAAUCACGUUGUUAAACCAAGAUGGUUGUACUUCAAGCUGGUGAUCAUGUAUGGCUGGAAUCCCAUUCAGGCAAAGAGUUUAAUGUGCCCAUUGGGGCGGUUGUGAAAGUAUCUAACUCAGGACGAUUCUUACUGGAGGAUGAUGAAGGCAAGGAGCACUGGAUCACAGCUCAAAAUAUUAGCACAAUGCGACCAAUGCAUGCUGCCUCCAUCCAAGGAGUGGAAGAUAUGAUACAUCUUGAAGAGAUGAAUGAAGCUGGCAUGGUACACAACCUAUAUAUCCGCUACAAAGAUAAUAAAAUCUAUACCUACACAGGUUCUAUUCUUGUAGCCAUCAAUCCAUAUCAAGUGCUGCCACUGUAUACCAUGGAACAAAUCCAGCUCUACUGCAACAAGAGAAUUGGGGAACUGCCUCCUCAUGUCUUUGCCAUUGCUGAUAAUUGUUAUUUCAACAUGUUGAGGAAUAAGAGAGAUCAAUGCUCUGUCAUUAGUGGAGAGUCUGGAGCUGGGAAGACUGAAAGCACAAAAUUGAUGUUGCAGUUCUUAGCUGUUAUUAGUGGUCAACAUUCCUGGAUUGAACAACAGAUUCUAGAAGCCAAUCCCAUUUUGGAAGCCUUUGGCAAUGCUAAAACAAUUCGAAAUGAUAACUCAAGCCGCUUUGGGAAAUACAUUGACAUUCACUUCAAUCAAAAUGGUAUAAUAGAAGGAGCUCGAAUAGAACAGUUCCUUCUGGAGAAGUCUCGAGUGUGUCGCCAGGCUCCUGAGGAAAGAAAUUAUCAUAUAUUUUACUGCAUGUUAAUGGGAAUGAAUCUGGAACAGAAAAAAAUAUUGAAUCUUGGCACUACUUCAGAGUAUACUUACCUAACUAUGGGCAAAUGCACUUUCUGUGAAGGACGUAAUGAUGCUAAGGAAUAUGCUCAUAUAUGCUCAGCUAUGAAAAUUCUCAUGUUCUCUGAUUCUGAGCAGUGGAAUAUAAGCAAAUUAUUGGCAGCCAUUUUGCAUCUAGGAAAUGUAAAAUUUGAAGGUGUUGUGUAUGAAAAUUUGGACUGCUCUCAUAUUCUUGAUUCUGUACAUUUUUCCACUGCAACCAAACUACUAGAGGUGGAUUCUAAAGAACUCCACAAGAGCCUUACAAACCAUUCCAUCAUCAUCCGAGGGGAAAGUGUCUCUAUGCCCCUAAGUGUGACUCAAGCAGCUGAUGUGAGAGAUGCCUUUGUCAAGGGGAUCUAUGGAUUCCUCUUCAUCUGGAUAGUGAAUAAGAUCAAUGAUGCAAUUUGUGGUCCUUCUUCUCCAUAUGAGAAAAAAAUGUACAAAUCCAUUGGACUCCUGGAUAUAUUUGGCUUUGAAAACUUUAACACUAACAGUUUUGAGCAGUUUUGCAUCAACUUUGCCAAUGAACAUCUCCAGCAAUUCUUUGUACUCCACAUCUUCAAACUGGAGCAGGAGGAAUACUUAGCUGAGCAAAUCUCCUGGAACCAUAUUGACUUCAAGGAUAACUGUGCCGCUUUGGAAGUCAUUGUACUCAAACCCAUGAACAUUGUUUCACUGAUUGAUGAGGAAAGCAGAUUUCCCAAAGGGACAGACACCACUAUGCUAUACAAAAUCAAUUCACACCAUGGCAAAAGCAAAAUCUACAUUCCUCCAAAGAAUGUCCAUGAUACAAUUUUUGCUAUUAACCAUUUUGCUGGAGUUGUUUAUUACCAGUCAAAAGGUUUCCUUGAGAAAAACCGUGAUAUGCUUAGCUCGGACAUAAUGCAACUUGUUCAUUCAUCCAAAAACAAAUUCCUCAAAAAGAUCUUCCAGGUGGACACAAGCAUGCAUGUUCUGCCUUUUGGCCAUGGGACCAUUAAGCACCUUGGAAAGGAUUCCUUGAAGGGAUCAGAUUCUGGCAAACGCUUGCCUACACUAGCAGGACAAUUCAAACAGUCUCUGGAGCAGUUGAUGAAAAUCUUGAAUAGCUGUCAGCCUUAUUUUAUCCGCUGCCUUAAACCCAAUGACCAAAAGAAACCCAUGCAAUUUGAUAGAGAACUCUGUAUCCGACAGCUGUACUACUCUGGCAUGAUGGAAACCAUACGGAUUAGGAAAGCUGGCUAUCCAAUUCGCUAUAGCUUUGCAGAUUUCUUUCAGAGAUACAGAGUCCUACGGCCAGUGCCAGCUGGAGAACAGCUGAAAAAUGAUGUUCGUCAGAGUUGCAUUUGUAUCUGUAAGAAAGUAAUGGAAGAUGAAGAUUGGAAAAUUGGAAAAACCAAAGUUUUUCUGAAAGAUUAUCAUGAUACGGUCCUGGAGGUGCAGCGUGACAAGGCACUCAGAGAAAAGGCCAUUCUAAUUCAGAAGGUGUUGAGGGGAUUCAAAGACAGGAAUCAGUUUCUGAAGCAGAGACAAAGUGCUGUAGUUAUACAGGCAGUCUGGAGAGGAUACUUUGCCCGGAAAAAUUUUAGAAUGCUUAUAUUGGGAUUUGAACGUCUGCAAGCCCUUUUCCGGAGCAAACAGCUUAUGAAGAAGUACGAAGAAGCCCGUGGCAACAUGAUUAAGUUUCAAGCAUUGUGCCGAGGUUACCUGAUGCGUCAGAAAAUUGCUGAACAGCUGAAAGCUGUGUGUGUGAUACAGGCUUAUACCAGGGGAAUGUUUGUUCGUAAGACUUUGCACAAAAUGAAGAAGGAACGUUUGGCAAUUCCUUUAAAAAUAAAGGACUCUGAAGAAAACAAACACGAAUCAAUGUAUGAUGUCAUCAGUGAUCAGGAAAUGGUGGACAGAAUAUUUGGUUUCUUGCCUUCUUUCAUUGGGGGGCAAGAAGGCCAAGCUCCUUUGGGCUUUGAGGACCUGGAGAAAAAAACACAGACACACAAGCUGCACGAGGUAGACUUGGAUAUGAUCCCCCUAACGGUAGAGCUGGAUGAAGAGGCAGAUGACUUGGCACAAUACACCUUCCCCAAAUUUGCAGCAACUUAUUUCCAGGGAUCUGCCACUUAUACACACAUUAGACGUCCAUUGCGCCACCCUUUGCUUUAUCAUGAUGAAAAGGAUGAUAUUUUGGCCUCUCUAGCUGUAUGGACAAUCAUUUUGCAGUUCAUGGGUGAUUUGCCAGAAAGAGUGCAGAAUAUCAACAGCAAAAGAAGUUCCAAGGAGACCCAGAUUUAUGAAAGCUUUGACAAGAAAAGCCAACCACAGCCUGUAGACAUCAAAAAAGUUAACAAGUUCUCCAAGGUAAUUUCUUCUGUGAAACUGAAGCGUAACUCCAAAAUGGCUGAUAAGAUAAAAAGCCAGCUGAUGAAUGGGGAAGAUAUGUUUCAGGAGGAAUACUCUGAGUCUGAGAGGCCUAUAUCUAACCUUGAAAAAGUGCAGUUUAUCAUUGGAAAUGCUAUCCUGCGUUCUGCCAUCAGGGAUGAGAUUUAUUGCCAGAUCUGCAAACAACUCACUGAAAAUAACAAUAAAACUAGUUACCAUAGAGGUUGGAUCUUGCUGUCACUUUGCCUUGGUUCUUUCUGCCCUUCAAACCAGUUUGUGAAGUAUCUACUAAAUUUCAUUCGGGGUGGACCAUUAUUGUAUGCACCAUAUUGUUCUGAACGGUUGAGGCGAACUUAUAUGAAUGGAACACGAUCUGAACCACCUAGCUGGAUGGAGUUGCAGGCAACCAAGAGUAAGAAACCAAUUACACUUAGUGUAAUCAUGAUGAACGGCAACAGUACCAAAGUUCUCGCAGAUUCAGCCUCCACUGCAAAAGAGAUCUGCCAGCUGGUAGCUGAUCAAAUGAACUUGAAAGACACAUUUGGAUUCUCUCUCUACAUUGCUUUGUAUGAUAAGGUCUGGUCACUGGGCAGUGGACGGGAUCACAUCAUGGAUGCCAUUUCUCAGUGUGAACAACAGGAAAAAGAGAAAGGUGGUCAUGUACAGUAUACUCCUUGGCGUCUCUACUUCAGAAAAGAGAUCUUCACCCCCUGGCACAACUCCAAAGAAGAUCCCAUCAGUACUGAACUCAUCUAUUAUCAGAUAAUACGUGGCAUCCGGUUUGGAGAAUACUGCUGUGAAAAGGAGGAGGACUUGGUGGAAAUUGGAGCCAAAUACUGUUAUAUCAAGUUUGGAGAGUCCAUCCAAAAUGAGUUGGUUCAAAGUAUUCUCCAAGAAUGUAUCCCAGCAAAGCUACUAAGAUCCAAAUCCCAAGAGAAGUGGGUAAACCUCAUCUCAUAUGCUCAUGCUAAGGCAACUUACACACAGGACCAAAUUUCCCCUCAAUGUGUAAAGGAGCAGCUGGUAGACUUUGCCCGUGAUCAAUGGCCUCUGCUCUUUUCUAGAUUCUUUGAAGUUACUAAAUUUUCAGGGCCCAGUCUGCCAAAGAAACAUUUCAUUGUGGCAAUUAAUUGGAAAGGUGUAUAUUUCCUAGAUGACACUGAAAGAAGACUUCUAGACUUGUCUUUUCCAGAAAUUACUGGCAUCCAUACCAACAGGGGAGUCAAGACAUUUGGGCAAAGCUGCACCCUUAGCACACUGCGUGGUGAAGAGUUUGUCUUGACAUCUGUCAAUAGUGUUGCAAUUGCAGAAUUAAUAGUCAUGUUCUUGGAAGGACUGAAAAAGCGAUCACUUUAUGCGGUGGCAAUACAAGACAAAAAGCUACAAAGUGACACUACCAUUUUGGCCUUCAAGAAGGGGGACUUGUUGAUUUUAACCCAGGACAAAAGACUAGGAGAAAAUCAAGGCUGGAUCCCUGCUCAAAAUGAGCGAACCAAUGGUUCUGGGCUUGUGUCAUCAGAGACCAUCUAUAUCAUCCCUACAGUUACAAAGCCUUCCAGUCAAAUAUUGAGCUUGCUGAUGAUGUCACCUGAACAACGGAGGUUAGUAUCGCUGAACUCUCAUGUGGAAGAACCAGAGGAAGAAAAUGCAAACGUGAAGCCAUAUACUCUGGAAGAAUUCUCCUAUGAGCAUUUCAGAGUACCUGAGAAGGAGUCAAUCAGCAAGACUGUUUUACCCAAGUCCCGAGGGCUGAAUUAUCUGUGGGCUCAUUCUAGGGAGCCCCUGAAAAAGCCUUUGCUAAAGAAAGUGUGUUCUAAUCCAGACCUCUGGGAUUUUGCUUGCCAGACCUUCAUUGCCAUUAUGAAAUACAUGGGAGAUUAUCCCUCAAAGCAAGAGAGAUCUCCUGUGGAACUUACUGACCAGAUAUUUAUAGUGGCAAUUCAGGAGGAUACCCUGCAAGAUGAGGUCUAUUGUCAGAUCUUGAAACAAUUAACAGAAAACCACAACAGGUAUAGCCUGAAUAGUGGUUGGCAGUUACUGUGGCUCUGUACAGGCCUUUUUCCACCUAGUAAGCCAUUGCUGAAACAUGUUCAGAAGUUCAUUGAGACUCAUCUGAAGGAGAAUCUGGCAUUGGAAUGCAGACAUAGGAUCCAAAAAGUGAUGAGGAGUGGCUGUCGGAAGUGGGCUCCACACAGUGUAGAAGUGGAGGCAAUUCAGAAUAAUAUCACCAAAAUUCCUCACAGGGUUCAUUUUCCAAAUGAGACAGAACAGGUUUUUGAUGUAGGAACAAACACAAAAGUAUGGGAUCUAUGUCAGAUGAUUGGCAACAAGAUGGAAUUGAGCUCCUUGGAUGGAUUUAGCCUCUUUAUCAAGAUUUCAGAUAAGGUGAUCAGCCAGAAUGAAGCAGAUUAUUUCUUUGACUCCUUAAGGCAGGUGACAGACUGGACUCAGAAGAACAGGCCAGGAAAAGAGGUGUUUCCCACCACUAUGAAUUAUCAGGUGUAUUUCAUGAGAAAGUUGUGGCUGAAUGUGAUACCUGGGAAGGAUUUGAAGGCUGAUUUCAUCUUUCAUUAUCAUCAGGAACUGCCAAAGUAUCUACGAGGCUAUCACAAGUGCUCAAAGGAGGAUGCCAUCCACCUGGCUGGGCUGAUUUUCAGAGUUCGUUUUAACAGUGAUCGAACACAAUAUGCUGCAAUACCUAAAAUACUGAAGGAACUAGUGCCUGAGAACAUGAUUCCAAUACUAUCCCCAGAGGAGUGGAAACGGAAUAUUAUUUCUGCUGUCAGCAAACUUGGACAAAAAAGUGUGGAUGAGGCCAAAGUUGCCUUCUUGAAGUUUAUAUAUCGUUGGCCAACAUUUGGCUCAGCCUUCUUUGAAGUAAAGCAAACAUCAGAGCCAAGUUUCCCUGACAUAGUAUUGAUUGCUAUCAACAAGCAAGGGAUUUCCAUAAUACAUUCAAAGACUAAGGAGAUCUUAGCUCUUUAUCCCUUCAAUAAAAUUUCUAACUGGAGCAGUGGUAGCACAUAUUUUCACAUGACAAUAGGGAACCUGGUACGAGGAAAUCGAAUUCUUUGUGAGACAUUUCUGGGUUACAAAAUGGAUGACUUGUUGACAUCAUAUGUUCAUUUGCUAAUGAACAUUGUAAACAAGCAGAAAAAGCCCAAUAUCCCUGUCUGAAGAUGCAGCUAUCAUCAUGCAAAGGUUGUGCCAGAUUGAAAGAAAUGGGACUUGGUUACUUUGCUUUUUUUUUUUUUUUGACCAAAGAAAACCAUACAAGUGCUGCUAUACCAGAAAUAAGUGUCAGCUUAUGCUGACUGCAGCUUAAUCGUACUACAAGUUGUACUAUCAGAAUAUCAAGAUUUUGUUCCAGAUUAUUAUCUUUUUAAUAAUUAUAGCCUCUUUCCUUAGAAAUAUUGAUAACAUUUUUACUGUAUUCUAGCCAUCAGAAGUACAGUACAAAAAGAUGUUUGCUUCCAGUUAUAUUAUAUUGAAAGAAAACAGCAUGAUCAUGAGCUUAAGAUUUCAUUUAUGGAGGAUUGUUGGAACUUCAUAAAACAAGCUUCUAUGUCAUAUAUGCCUUCUGGCCAUUGGAUUCAAUAUUGCUCCCUUCCUUUCCUGUUUCUGGAAUAUGCUUGCGUAUGUUAUUAUAAAUGAAAACUGACAUCUGCUUAAUUAAUUCUGUAAAUUUAUGUAAUAUUUAUUGUUUGAGAGAAUUGCAUUUAUAUAUUUUUAAUACUAUUUUAUUUUUUUGCUUGCUUUCUAUGAUUUGUAUACUAUUGGACAACCUUCCACAGUGGAACUUCACCCUAUGUAAACAUACCUAAAAUUAUGCUUUGUCAGAUCAUUUCUGACAAAGCUGUAGAUCCCACCAAACACAACCUUUGUUCUUCUUUCCCUUUGCCACCAAUUCUUUUGGCUGAAAAUUGUUUUCUUGGAAUAGUUUUGUAUCAGAACAAGGAACUUAAUAACCAUGGUUGAUACUACAAUGCUUUGUAUGUAAGAGGAGACACUGAAAUCAGACAUUUAUGAAAAUCAGUGUAUUUGUAUCUGGUUCCUGAAGUAUUUUUAGCAAUUGAUGGCAGCCAGCAUGUUAAUGGUUAUUUUGCCAAAGUAGUCACAUACUCUGUUGUCAUCCUAGAGCAGGGGUAGUCAACCUUUUUAUACCUACCACCCACUUUUGUACCUCUGUUAGUAGUAACAUUUUCUAACCGUUCACCAGUUCCACAGUAAUGCGCCGUGUAUCAUCGUCUAUGCAUGCCUCUCACGUAUUGUGGAUUGGGUUUGGGGGGGGGGGGCACCAGCUCUGCUUGUGUUACAGCUGGGUGGUGUGGGGGGAGAUGCGCGAGCUAUUCUGGGACGAGGCUCUUUUGUUUGCGGUUGCACUAUAGCGCCAUUUAGUUUCACUUACGUAACAUGAACUAAACUUAUGCGCGGGCGAUACAAAUAGUAUAUUUUCAGAAAUUUAAAUUGUCACGGGGAAUUUUAUGAAAAUCUAAUGAAAAUGUUUUUAAAUAAUGCUAUGAAAAUUUUUAACAUUUUGAGUCCUUCGGGAGAAGGGCGGUAUACAAAUCGAAUAAAUAAAUAAAUAAAUAAGUCAAUUAAAUUAAAAAAAGGAAAGUGCUUCAGUAUCGGACAAAAUCCUUACCGCCCACCAUGAAAACUGGAACGGUGGGCAGUAGGGACCAGGUUGACUACCACUGUCCUAGAGGAAGGUAUACUGUUCUACACUUAAUGGUCAUAUGUGUAUCUGUGACUGGAAUGGGACAACUUGCCGCGGCCAGCUCAGUGCUGCCAAUUCACUGCCUUCAAUUCACCACCGAGUCGCCUCUACCAACUCACUGCCAAGUUACCAGACAACUCCAAAUGGCCAACUCAAUAGGGGACAACUUUCUGGGACAGAUGGAGAGAGAGCCGAGUGGGUGAGCAAGCAGUUGAACGCAGAGCAGCAGUAGCUGUCAGGUGGUUCCCAUUUUCAUACACAAACCUGCCGCUGCUGUCACUAUCUCUGGGCCAAAGACGUUGAGGAUGGCAGCAGCAGCAGUGGGGAGGCAGUGGUGGCCAGGGACGUCCCAUUUUCACACACACCCAUCACCACUGCUGUCUCCGGCCUCUUUGGCCCAGAGCUUGGCAACAGUGGCAGCAGCAUGCCAGGAUAUAUGAAAAUGGGAAGCCUCUGGCUUCUGCCGCUCUGCACUCUGCUUACCUGCUUGUUCGCCCAUCUGUCCUUCUGGCUGCCUACAGGAAGUUGUCCCCCAGCGAGUUGGCUAUGUGGAGUUGUCCUGAGGCAACUUGGCAGCGGUGAGUUGACAGAGGUGACUUGAUGAUGGCAAGCUGGCUGCAGUGAGUUGGCCGCGCCAAGCUGGCCGCAAGUUGUCCUACACCUAUGUAUGAUAGAUUAUUAAUAUUUCUGUGUAAAUGAAAUUCCAUACUUUUCAAAGUACUUAUUUUUUUAAAAAAAAUGAAAUGCAUAAAUAUAAUUUAUGAGGUAUGUCUGUUGCUGAUACUGGUUGCUGUGAAAUUAGAAAGAUCAAGGUGACAAGGCCUAUCCUGCAGAAUUUUUGAAUUCGAAUGUAAAUUCAGUUUUAUGUUGCAACUAUAUUUUGCAUAUUUGUUUUAUGUUAAGUGUAUGAUCAAAAUAUUUUCUCCAUUUUAAAACACAAAUGCAGAAUAAAUGCAGUUUCAUUUCUUCCAGAAAAAUAUGAAACUAAGCCAAAUAUAAAUCAAUAAAUUCCUGAAUAAUCUGGUUUUAUCAAACUCCUUAAUGAUUCUGACUAGAUCAAAGGAUAUCUGUGGCAGAUAGAAAUUAAAUAAAUAAAUAGCUGUAGCAGUUCCAUCAAUAUAUUAUAUAUUAGGUAGUAAAAUGGAGGACAAACUGUUACUUAAAAGUGAAUGGAUGUACUUUUUAUGUCCUAAUCAGAGGUUGUGGAUAAAAUGGCAAAUUGAAAAGAAAUCAAUUUGCCCUAUGGAAAUAAUAUCAAGAGUCUGGAUGAAGAAGAUCACUACAAAUACCAUACUUCAAGAUGUAUGCCUCAUAUAUGCUGAAGUCAAGAAGAUUGGAACUAAAUACAUCAUGAGAGUAAAGAAGAGCUUAAAGUUUUCCUCAGUGGAGAAAAUGCUGUCAAGGCAAUUAACACUUGAGCAAUGCCAGUCAUUAGAUACACAGCUGGAAUAGUGCACUGGAUUCAAGCAGAACUAAAAGCCCAGAUAGGAAGACCAAAAACAUAAUGAUAAUGAAUUAUGCCCUUCAUCCACGCAGGGAUGUUGAUAGACUUUAUUCAACAAGAAGUACAUAUCAAUGUGGAAUAUUGUAAGUACCCCGAUAUAUCAGACAGUUGGAAAAAAAAUGAUAUUUAAAGGCCAGUGAAGAAGAUGCAUUAGUUUAUUCAAUACCCGAGAGACCAAAUGGGCCAACAGGAAAGACCAAAUGAAGAACAGAAAAAAGACAUGGCAUGGCAAAGUAUUAUAUGGUCAGUAUACAAAAAAGGAGCAGGGAAAGCAAGUAACAUGUCCUGGCAAUGGCUAAAAGCAGGAACAUUGAAGAAAGAGAUAGAGGUGUUAAUUCUGGUUGCCCAGGUCCAACCCUUAAGAACGAAUGCAUAUAAAGCCAAAAUUGAGAACAUCAGUGCAUUGUAGAAGGUAACUUUACUUGGAACAAUUCACAUCCUGCGACUGUACCUUUAACAUCAUCAAACAACAACUGGCUAUUCCUUGUCCUUGGGAAGGACUUGUUAGGUAGAUAAAAAUCCAGUCUAAACAUCUGGCUGAUUCCGUGACCAACCAUAAUAUAAUCAGCCUUAACUGAAUGAAAGCAUAUUUUACUGGAAAGGAAAA